AUGGCCUCCCUUGACGAGUACUCCAUCGGGUGGGUUUGUACACUGCCCAUCGAGAUAGAGGCUGCCAAAGCUUCGUUUGACUGCAUUCAUGAGAACUUGCUACCUCCGAAUCUGAACCUCAACAACAACAACAACAACAACUAUAUUCUAGGAAGUCUUCAAGGACAUAAGGUCGUACUGGCCUAUCCAAAUUGCCGCGCAGGUGAUGAUGGUGAAGAUGAUGAUAAACUAUCCUUAGCGGAUGUUGCCACGCAGUUACAGGCAAACUUCACAGCUGUUCGGAUCAUUCUUAUGGUUGGUAUUGCGGGUGCGGCUCCAAAGACGAACGAUGAUAUUCGUCUUGGUGAUAUUGUUGUAAGCAAUUCGGCAGUCGGUCUGCCGAGUGCCAUUCAGUAUGCCGCGAACGAAGAGCAUAUGAAAGAUCAACGUCUUCGUGGUAGAGCGCUAGGACGGCCGACUUCAUCACUGCUUCUCACAGCAACGAGGAAAGCCGAGACAGCCGCCAUCUUCGGUGACAGUAAAAUAGACCAGUACGUCGGCGACAUUGUACGCAAAGACCCCGUCGUUUUCUCCCGCCCAGGUCCCGAACCAGAUUUUCUCUUCCAGCCGAAUUAUGAUCAGGCAAAUAUUGAUUACAGAGAAACCGCGCGCAGAGAUUGCGACCCGGGGAGAGACCGGUCCCGGCAGCCUCGGGAGACACAGGGACCUACAGUGCAUUAUGGCCUUAUCGCCUCCGGUCAUCAUGCGGUGCGCCACGGAACAACUAGAGACACAUUGCCGUACAAACAAAGCGUGCUGUGUUCCGAGGCGGGUGGGACCGGCUUGAAGGAUGCUGCUCAAUACUUGAUUAUCCGGGGAAUCUGCAACUUUGCAGAUUCGCAUCGCUCGAAGCUCUGGCACCCCUAUGCCGCAGUGACUGCAGCAGCGUACGCAAAGGAGGUCCUUUUCUUCAUACCCAAGGUUUCCAAGACAGUACCUCUGACACCCAACCCCGAGGCUGGGCCCAUUCUCAGCGCUUUGCUCUUGACCAGACCAGAGGUUGACCGAAAGUCGCUGAUUGUAUUGAAAGGGCGCAGAGCCGACGGCACGUGCAAAUGGCUCCCACAGCAUCCACGCUAUCGGGAGUGGUUGUCAAACCCAGAUCAACGACUGCUUUGGAUCUCGGGUGGCCCCGGAAAAGGAAAAACCAUGUUGGCGAUCUAUAUUACAGAAGUACUAGAGGAGUCGGUUGGUGGUGGUGGUGGUGGUAUCACCGGCGAUAAUCGGAAUUCGGCCUUGACCAUACUGAGAGGUCUCAUACAUCAGUGGAUUGAUCUUCAACCACACCUGGCCCAAUACAUCAAGAACUCCUUUGAGGGGACUGAGACGACCAAGUACACCGUUUCCAGCUUUGUCGCCCUGUGGAGUGUGGGAUUGCUCGGCCAGUUUCUCGAUGCCGUUGGGAACUAUUUGUCAGAAGCCCCAAAAUUGGGAAGGCCACGACUGAAGCUUAUUUUGCUCUCCCGGCCCCAUCCAGCUAUUUCGGGGAGCAGACUCAGCCAGUAUCUGCACAUCAAAUUGGACGACUCCAAUGCGGAUACAGCAGAUGACGUCAAGAGGUACAUCACUGCCAAAGUCACCGAACUGGCAACUGAACAGAAUCUCUCCGACGAAAUGAUUGCGCAAGUUCGGCAGGCAUUAUUGGCCGGCGCCGAUGGCACCUUCUUUUGGGACAGAAUCAACGAAAUCAUCCACCGGAUUCCUAAAGGCCUAGCUGGAGUAUAUCAACGGAUGCUUCAGCAGAUUAACGACAAGGAAGCGCUGGUGCCCAUUCUUCAGUGGGUGGUUCUCGCUGCCCGGCCCCUCACAAUUGACGAAUUGACAGCGGCCACAGAUAUCAAGGCAUCCGAUACCCUUACUGCAGCCGAUGUGACCAAGGGUCGGCUCAGACUCUGCGGGCCGCUCUCGGCGAAAGAAUUCUUCCAGAGCAACCAGGUCAACGUCAAAGGAAUCAGCAUUCUCAUGCGGACCUGCCUCGCACACGUCGAGCAUAGUUACCUCUCCACCGGAGCGACCGAUGAGAGGUUUAACCGCAGUCCACUCUUCCUUUAUGCUGCUCAAUACUGGCCGGUGCAUUUCUAUCACGCGAAUGACGCGGUUCAAGGCCCGUCCGAGUUCUCCCGUCCCUGGUGGAGAUUCUAUUGGGAGCAGGAGAGGAACGGCGGAAACGCGCCGGCGUUCACGCUCCUUCAUCUCGCGGCGUAUCUUGGCAACCAUGUCCGCCUCGUUUCGCGCAAGGAUAACUACGGCCGAACGCCGCUGUGCUGGGCCCUGCUCCUCGAUCACGGUGCUCGUGUCAAUGUCAAAGAUCGAGGCCGGUUGACGGCACUCCAUAUCGCGGUCAAUGGACAGUACAAGGACAUCAGCAAGUCUGAGCAUGGAGACACCCCGCUGAUCCGAGCCAUUCAAACGAACUCAAGGGAGAUCAUCCAGAUGCUGCUUGAGCACGGCGCGCGCGUGGACGAACUGCCCACCCCCUCAGGAGUCGCCUCUCUGAGAAAUUCUUCUGACCCGAUGGAAGAGAGGGUGGAAGAGCUACUGGGACUUCGAGAACAGAUCUUCCUCGCCCGGUACAAGCAGGCGUCGCGAAAGGUCAACCUCGUCAUGAAGGCCCUCGGUCUUUCCUUCCGCUUCCCCAUCUUUGUGGCCUUCGACCGCUGGGAGAAUAUGCCUGUGCUGCAGGAGGUCGCCAGGAGGCAAGCAUACCGUGAAUUCUUCGUCCAGCUGGUGGUUUCCAGGAAUCAGAAAGGGCUGCAGGCCAUGACCGACCUGCCGACGCAAGUGUUCCGGGAGGUCGCCCCCGGGGAUCUGCAAGCCCUUCUCGUGAUUGCAGUCCUCGUCGGCUCGGAGGCCAAGCUCGCAGCCGUCCGACACGGGUGGAGAGAAGGCGAUGCCAUCACCGCCAGAGCAUUCUCGCAUUGGGCCGCGAUCGCCUGCCAGAGAGGCGCCGAGGAAUCUUUACACUACGGCGUCCGCGACUUCUUGAACGACUUCGAUACCUCGAUCCGUAGCGGCAACCGGGAGGACAAUGUGGCGCGGACUGUGAAUGACGAGCCGCGGCCAAUCGAAUACUUCUCCGGGGUCAUCGCCGAGUUCUACGAAGGAUACAUCGGUGGCGCGCACGAAGUUGACUUGUUUAAUGACGCAAAUCAGGCAUGCGCCGGUGAAUUGGCCGGCAUCAGCCGAGACCGCGAUUCCACUAGAUUACUUCUCUUCCUGACAAGGACAGGACGGGAUCGCUUCCUCAAUUUACCCUCCGCGGCAUGCUUGAUUGUCUGCCAGGAGAAUGCCAUGUCUCAUCAGUGGCUGAUUGGCGAGGCGAUACCAGAGACGAUGGGCACCUUGAUUUCCAAGCAACCACCAGGAUUGCUUCGAAAGCGUGCGUGCAAAACCUUGGUGGAGUGCCUGAUCAUUGGGAAGCAACAUGGCUUGAUAUUGCAGGCGGCUGAAUUGAGACGAAGUGCGAAUGGAAGUCUGCAGUCUCUGCCCACCGACGUCCACGAGAUGGUAAGCCGGAUCAUCGACAUCUGA